GAGCGAAGGGGCUGCAGAAGCUGCGCUGGUAUUGCCAGAUGUGCCGGAAGCAGUGCAGGGAUGAGAACGGCUUCAGGUGUCACUGCAUGUCCGAAUCUCACCAGAGACAGCUGCUGCUGGCGUCAGAAAACCCUCAGCGGUUCCUGGAUUCCUUUUCGGAGCAAUUCCAGAACAAUUUCCUGGAACUCCUCCGGAGACUAUUUGGAACCAAGAGAGUCCACAAUAAUGCUGUGUACAACGAAUACAUCAGCUAUCGGGAGCACAUCCACCUGAACGCCACCCAGUGGGAGACGCUGAGCGAUUUCACCAAGUGGCUCGGGAGAGAAGGCUACUGCAAGGUGGACGAAACCUCCAAAGGCUGGUACCUCCAGUACAUCAACCGGAACCCGGAGACGGUCCACCAGCAGCAGGAACAUGAGAAGAAGAGAAAGCAGGCCUUGGACGAUGAAGAGAAGAGGGCCAGGUUCAUUCAGGAGCAAAUCAGGAGAGGCUUGCAGGGGAAGGAGCAGGAAGUCCCGGUCUACACAGAACUAAAGCGAGGAAACAACAAAGAGAAAGUGGUCUUUAGUCUGAACCAAGGAGCGAGAACUUCCACAGAGCCACCACCCAAGCCCUGUAUGUUGAGACGCAGCGGGCUGUGGACGGCAGGACCAGCACAGACGGUGAAGCGGAAAGAAAUCCCUCUGAACUCCGGGCAGUCGAAAGAAAAGAAGAGAAAGACAGCACUGGAUGAGAUCAUGGAGCUGGAAGAAGAGAAGAAAAAGUCCGCCCCUACGGACAACUGGCUGCAACAAAAUAUUGUGGUCAAAAUCACUACAAAGAAACUUGGUGAGAAAUACCACAAGAAGGCGGCCGUGGUUAAGGAAGUACUCGACAGAUACACAGCGGUGGUCAAGAUGGUGGAUUCCAGAGCCAAACUGAAACUUGACCAGACCCAUCUGGAGACCGUCAUUCCAGCCCCAGGCCAAAAGGAGCUGGUUUUAAAUGGAGGCUACAGAGGAAAGGAAGCUACUUUAGAGGACGUAAAUGAGAAAACAUUUUUGGCUCGACUUGGGGCCUCUAAAGAGACAGCGGGUCGAAGGAGUGCCAUAUGUGGACAUCGCCAAAUGGGCUUCAACAGCAAAGGCCGGUGGACUCUAGAAAAGGAUUCAGCCCAAAUGUGCCCCAAACUGCAACCGCCGCUAUGCCAGUGCUGGACUUUUACAAUCUCUUUGCAGAAGCAAGCAGGGUUUUCCAAAGAAAGCUGUCUUGGAUGA